UUCCCUGAUCGGGACAGUCGUCGGGGUCAAUGUGAUGCUUCGGAAAAUCGCGGUGGCGGCUGCCUCCAAGCCGGCUGUGGAGAUCAAGCAAGAGGGAACAUCUUUCUACAUCAAGACCUCCACAACGGUGCGCACCACGGAGAUCCAUUUCAAGAUCGGGGAGGAGUUUGAGGAGCAGACGGUGGACGGAAGGCCUUGCAAGAGUUUGGCCAAGUGGGAGAAUAAUAACAAAAUCGUGUGUGAGCAGAAGUUGCUGAAAGGAGAAGGGCCACAAACAAGCUGGUCCAGAGAACUGACCAACGAUGAGGAGCUCAUUCUGACCAUGACGGCCGACGACGUUGUCUGCACGAGGAUCUACGUCCGGGAGUGAGAAGCCUCCGCUGGUGCAAGACACUCAGAGUGGCGAUGGGGGGGCAGGACCAGACAGUCCAGGAGGGUCCCAUGCCAACCUGCCCCACUGCCUGGUCCCUACUCUCUGUCUAUGCUCAGAGGCAUUACCUGCAACAAGACUUAACAAAGCCGCUGGCCCUUCAGAGCGUUCUCUCUGCUCUGGGAGGAGGGAGGGGUGGCUGAAGGAGCCUCUCCCCUUCUGAGACCCACUCCCUCCCUCCCUGCUCCACCUGCCUUGGCUCCCCCUUUGCCCUGGAGGAGGCGCACACAGGCCUGCCUUGUUUGGGAGAUUAACUGUGGAAUCUGGGGUCAGGCUCGGGGGUCAGGACAUGGCCCCUACAAGCUGGAGGCUCUUCCCCCCUCUCCCAUCUUGGGUGGGGGUGGGGCUUCCCCUCAGCUCCCAAGUGAAUCUGUGGGCUCCUUGGCAGCAGCAGGUGUCCCCGCCACCCCCUCCAGUUUGCUCCUGGCCGGUUGGUGCUCCUCGCGCUGAACCACCCAAGUGGAAAGUCUUGUUGCAGAGAUCACAGAAGGGUUCCUGGUCCCCUUUCCUGGUAGGCCGAAGUCUGUAAUGUUGUGAAGAUGCCUCCCGUUCCCCCAAAUUCUUCCCCCCCAUUAAAGCCUUCCUAGUCUUU